AUGAACAGAAUAGUCAGCAAAACUUGGCGUGAUUCUGCUUCGUUAAUAGUGCUGAAUAAGCGGAGUGGGGAUUCGUUAUCACGGAGCCGCGGCGCGUUGGUUAAUUACGAGGUGUUGUUGCAGACUCGGACGAGCAAGGCUUCGUUCCCCAACUCCGUGGUCUUCCCGGGAGGAGUGACUGAGGCCGCGGAUGCGAGCGCCGACUGGUUGAGCCUCUUCAGCUCGUUCGGAUACACACAGCACGACUUCGAUGCUUUGCAUCACGCUGGUGGCGCAGUCCGGCCAAUUUUCCAACCUGAUCCGGUCCGAAGGCAUAUUGCGUUAAGAAUUACGGCCAUCAGAGAGACAUUUGAAGAGCUGGGACUACUUUUAUGCUGUCGAGAACACAAAAGCAAAAGAAAUAAUUUGUGGUCAAGUGCUAUCGCCGACAUUGAUAUAAAAGACUGGCAAGAUCGAGUUAGCAAAAAUCCAGAUGAGCUACUAAACCUGUGUAAAGAAUACAAUUGCUAUCCAGACAUCUGGGCCUUACACUAUUGGAGCAAUUGGCUGUCACCGGUGCACCUCCCCAAAAGAUUCAACACAGCAUUCUUCGUGGCUGCAUUUCAAAGUGAACCUCCAAAUAUAGAGAGCAACUCUGAAGUUAUCAGUGUCCAAUGGUCAAAUCCUGUAGAUGUUUUAGCUAGGAAUAAUAAUAAAGAAUUAGAGCUGUACCCUCCACAAGUCUACGAACUGAAUAGACUCAUACAUUUGACUGACAUAGAAGAAUUAAUAAAAUUCGCACAAAAAAGGAGCUGUCAUAGUAAUGCAGUUAUAUUCCCCGUCGUAAUUAAAGCGUCGGAUGGCAUACUUCAUCUUCUACCAGGAGAUGACCUGUACCCAACAAAUGUAGAUUACACAAACGGAAACGAUAAAACUAUUAAAGACAAUACAGUAUUAGACCUAAGAAACAGUAGUAAUAUUUUACAUAGAUUCGAAAUCAUUCACUCGGAGAGCAGAGGACAGUUCGUCAUUCAGAAGUACAAACCUUCGAACCAUAUCAACAUGGGUGACAAAACGAUCAGAGUUCAAAUGACCAUUCAUAAAAGUAAGUAG